AUAAGCCUGUCAGCGACUGUGCGAACCUUUCGUGAGAGAAGUGACUUUCGCCACCCUCUCACCAAAUCUUGAGUCCUUUCCCAAUGGUAUCAAAUCAGUGGUCGAUUACUCCCAAGGGCUUAAGGUCGGCAUAUAUUCUGAUGCGGGGUACCUCAAUCGUUAUCAUGUCGUCAAGACGAGACAGUCUAUUAGACUGCGGCUUUGCUCCAGGAAGUUAUUGCUAUGUUGACGAAGAUCAAGAUAUUGCUACAUUCGCUGAAUGGGGCAUAGACUUCCUGAAAUAUGAUAAACUGCGGGGACGCGAUAUUCGCAAGUUCCAGUUGCUAGUUCCGCCAACGUUGAGCCACCUCAAGUUCGUCUCGGACGUAAGAUUCGAGAAGGAAUAGGCUGGGCCCGACUCAUUCCUGCGGUUUCUAGGGAUGCGGAACGCCAUUUCUUGUUUUAAUCGUGGAAUGGUUUAUUCUAUGCACCAACGGGUAACAAA